CCCCCGAGCGGAAGCGGAAGUGGAAGUGGAGGCUCAACCGGCCCGGCGGAGCCUGGGGAGGGAGAGCGAGGUGUAAGUCGUAGACUGGACCCUGGUGCUGUCGCUAGAUUAAUAUCACGACUUCAACAAUGGGUGUGAGAGGUUUACAUGGAUUUGUGGCAAAUGCCUGUCCCAGUGUAUGUACAGUAGUAAGUUUGAAAGAAAUGGCAGAAGAAUACCAAAUUCACCAACCUGGGUGCACUCCUGUAAUUGUUGUUGAUGCCAUGUGUUGUCUGAGACAUUGGUAUACACCAGAAUCUUGGGUUUGUGGUGGCCAGUGGCUGGAAUACCUUUCUGUCUUAGAAGAUUUCAUUAAAGCAUUUACUACAGCAGGCAUCAAAUUGGUAUUCUUCUUUGAUGGUGUGGUAGAGCAGAAAAAGAGACAUGAAUGGGUGAAACGGAGACUCAGAAACAACAAGGAGAUAUCUAGAAUCUUUCAGUUCAUGAAGACCCAUAGGAAGCAACCAGGCAGAGAUAUGUUUUUCAUUCCCUCUGGGCUGGCCACAUUUACACGUUUUGCUUUAAAAUCUCUGGGUCAGGAAACUAUUUGUUCAUUACAAGAGGCAGACUAUGAAGUGGCUUCUUAUGGUCUCCAAAAUAACUGCCUGGGAAUUCUGGGAGAAGAUACUGACUAUCUCAUCUUUAAUACAUGCCCUUACUUUUCUAUUAGUAAGCUCCACCUUGACCGUCUUGUUACUGUUAUGUUCUCAAGAGAGAGCCUUUGCCGUAGCCUGGGUCUCAACAUAACAGAUCUUCCUCUCUUGGCCUGCCUACUGGGCAAUGAUACAGUUCCAGAAGGCAUGUUGGAAAGUUUUCGGCAAAAAUGCCUGUCUGGUUAUUCCUCUGCUAAACAGAACAACGACAGGAGAACUAACACAAUCCUAGCUGUGGCAGACUACAUAACUAGAGUACUCCACUUGCAGCAGGGGGUGAAAGACCUGGAAGAGAUGUUACCUUUGGGACAAAAUAAAACUGUGUUUUGUAGAGGGAUGGCAUCCUAUCUCCUUCCAGGGCAGCAAUCUCCCUGGCUUCUCCGGAUACCCAACUUGGAAACAUCAGACAAGCAAGAAGUAAUCAUGUGUUCAGACCCAGAGAUUUUGCAGGUAGCUAAGGAACAACAUGUCCAAGCUGAAAGCUACCUGGUCUACAAUAUCCUUAGCAGUGGAGAAAUUGAAUGCAGCAACACACUGGAAGAUGAAUUUGACCCAGAACUCCCUGGCCAAGCACUUAUUUUCCGUCCUGCUCGGCAGCAUAUUUACUCACUCUUGUUGGAAGACAGUAAAGAUACUUGCAGAUCCUGUCCCAUAGUAAAGGAGUGGUUUGUAUACUUUGGGAAUCAGCUGAAGCAGCCAGAACUGGUACAGCCCAUAAAACUAGACAUCCCAGGUGGAAUACCUAGUUUGAGAACAUUAUGGCUGAGCCAAGAUGCAGAGGUACAAGCCCAACGUUAUAACACCUUCCUGGCCUGCUUUCACCUUUGGAAUGAAAGAGAAGAACUUCAGGCUCUUGAAAACUCUCUUGCAGCCCUGUGCUGUCUCUUGAUCUACCUCCUUUGGCAGGUGGAUACUUUCUCCCUGGAGGACUUAAAUGCUUUUAUUGCUCAGACCUUGUGCCUCCGAGGAAAAUCAGCUACUCAGCUCUCAGGCUUACAGCUCACCCAUGUUGACUCCAGAGCUGUGCAACUUGGCUCUCUCUUCAUCCGAGGCCUGACCACUUUGAUUCUGGCCAACAGUGCCUGUGGGUUUCCAUUCAGAAUGGAUGACUUGAUGGCUUGGAAGAUGUUUGAUGGGAAACUUUUUCAACAAAAGUACCAGCAGUCACACAGAGGCUGUUGUGUGGAGGAACUUCUAGAAGGCAAUAAAUAUUGGCUGACUGAGUUCCAGAACCUAAAAUCACUCAUUUGCAAAGCCUGCAUGAAGAACAACAGAGCUCUUCAAAGCCAACAGCGAGGGAAUGAAUUCAUCAGAGAGUCAGAAAGCAGAAGAUGGGGCUCCAGUUUCCAGAGAUCACAUCAGCCUCUUUUUUCAUCUUUGUUUCAUAAUCCCAACCAAGGACACCAAUGGAGAGGCCUUGGGCCUUACUCUUCUAGAUUUGAAACUGGUCCUUCAGGUAGAAGAUAUAGGUCAGAAGAGCAAAGCCAGAAGAGAAGAGGAUUCCAGCACACUCCCAGAUGGCCCAGAUGACACCAUAAUGCUGCUGGGAUGGAGCAGAAACCUUUUUACAGAUGAAGAAAACAUUUUAAAACUUGGAAAUUGAGCAAAAAGAAAUAUACCUGUUUAAUUCUGUUUUCUAUAAGCCAAGUCAAAAAAAAUUAUUUGGGAAAGAUAGCGUUCACUUGAAAAUACCAUUAUAUUUGUAUAGUGUCUUCUCUGUUGUAAUUUGACAGCCAUCGCCACUAAGUAAAAGUGUACAAAAAUAGCUUUUUUCUUUUUUUUUUUUUAGCAAGCAAGAUACGACAAAAAUUGAAAAGAAAUGACUAGUUUAUCCUUUUGGAUUUGGAGUGAGAUUUCAAAUUAAACUUCACAUUAAAAACCUC